AUGGCCAAGACAACACAAGAAGGAGGACAGCCUUACAAGGGUUAUUACAAUAACAAAUCUCAAGGUCAGCCGUAUCGUGGCUAUUAUAGUGGCUUUAACAAAAGUGCAUCGGCACAAAUUCACCACUUGGCAAGAUCUUUGACUCAAGGAGCCCAAUCACAUUACGAUGAUACCUAUACCACAGCUACCAUGCACCCUCAUGGGAUCAACCCAAUUUCAGACAAGACUGAUCCAACAUUAGACCCUGAAUCACCUUCUUUCAGCUCGAAAAGAUGGGUGCAGAAUAUGUGGAAAUUAUAUCAGAGUGAUUCUGAAUAUUACAAGCCAGGUAAAUUGGGUGUUGCUUAUAAAAACCUUCGAGUUUAUGGUGAUGCCAUUGAAAGUGAUUAUCAAACAACUGUAUCAAAUGGGGUAUUAAAAUAUGCCAGAAAUCUUUUCAACAAAUUCAGAAAGCACAAUGACGACUAUAGUUUUGACAUUUUGAAACCAAUGGAAGGUUUAAUUAAACCAGGUGAAGUCACAGUUGUGCUAGGAAGACCAGGAGCUGGUUGUUCGACUUUUUUGAAGACUAUCGCAUGUCGUACAGAAGGAUUCCAUGUAGCUGAUGGGUCAGUAAUAUCAUAUGAUGGGAUCACCCAAGAUGAAAUUAGAAAUCAUUUGCGAGGUGAGGUAGUUUAUUGUGCUGAAACAGAAACCCAUUUCCCCAAUUUGACCGUUGGAGAAACUCUUGAGUUUGCAGCUUUGAUGAAAACUCCUCAAAACAGACCCAUGGGAGUCUCUCGUGAUGAAUACGCCAAACAUGUUGUCGAUGUUGUCAUGGCAACUUAUGGUUUAUCACACACUAAGAAUACAAAAGUCGGUAAUGAUUUCAUUAGAGGGAUUUCUGGUGGUGAACGUAAACGUCUUUCCAUUGCUGAAGUGACAUUGGUGCAGGCAUCAAUUCAGUGUUGGGACAAUUCUACUCGUGGUUUAGAUGCUGCAACCGCAUUGGAAUUCAUAUCAUCGUUGAAAACAUCAGCAUCCAUCCUUAAUGAUACCCCUUUAAUUGCCAUUUAUCAAUGCUCACAAAAUGCAUACGAUUUGUUUGACAAAGUCAUUGUCAUGUAUGAAGGUUAUCAAAUUUUUUUCGGGUCGUCCCAGCGUGCUGCCGCUUAUUUCAAAAAAAUGGGUUUCAUUUGUCAAGACAGACAAACUACACCUGACUUUUUAACAUCAAUUACUAGCCCUGCAGAAAGAAUAAUUAAACCAGGAUAUGAAAGAUUAGUCCCAAGAACUCCAAAAGAGUUUUAUCGAUAUUGGAGAAGAUCUCCAGAAAGACAAGCACUUUUGGAAGAAAUUGAUGAAUAUUUGGAUAAUUGUGAAAAUUAUGAUCAAAAACAAAAAAUAUUUGAAGCCAAUAAUGCCAAAAAGGCCAAUCAUACUUAUAACAAAUCAUCCUACACCGUUUCUUUACCUAUGCAAGUACGUUAUAUUAUGAAGAGAUAUUGGGAUAGAAUGAGAGGGGAUAUCAUAGUACCAUUUUCCACUGUGGCGGGUAAUGUUGCCAUGGCGUUGAUUCUUUCUUCGGUAUUUUAUAAUUUACAACCGACUUCAUCUUCAUUUUAUUACCGGACGUCAGUUAUGUAUUAUGCAUUGCUUUUCAAUGCUUAUUCAUCAGUUUUGGAAAUUUAUAAUAUGUAUGAAGGUAGAGCUAUUGUUCAAAAGCAUCGUGAAUAUGCCCUUUAUCCACCAAUGGCUGACGCUAUAGGAUCAAUAAUUUCUGAUUUUCCGUUAAAGGUUGUUUGCAGUGUUUUAUUCAAUCUUAUAUUAUAUUUCAUGGUCAAUUUCAAAAGAGAGCCUGGUGCUUUCUUUUUCUAUUUGUUGAUUAGUUUUUGUUCCACGUUGUUCAUGUCUCACUUGUUCAGAACUAUUGGAGCCUUCACCAAUUCAUUAGCAGAAGCGAUGACUCCAUCUUCACUUUUAUUAUUUGCCUUGUCGACAUUUAGUGGAUUUGCCAUUCCUGUCACAUAUAUGCUUGGUUGGUGUAAAUGGAUCCGUUGGGUAAAUCCGUUGGCCUAUGCUUAUGAAGCCUUGAUUUCUAAUGAAUUCCAUGGUCGAGUAUUUGAUUGUAGCGAUGUUGUACCUAGUGGAUUUGGAUAUCCUAAAACAGGGAAUUCUGUUGUUUGUGCAAGUAUUGGUGCCAUCCCAGGAGAAUUUAAAGUUGAUGGUGAUUUGUAUAUGAAAUUGGCAUUUGAUUAUUCCUAUUCUAAUGCGUGGAGAAAUUUUGGUGUCUUGUUGGCAUUCAUCAUAUUUUUAUUUGGCACAACCAUAUUUUUCGUUCAAACCAACAAAUCAAGCAUUCUGAAAGGUGAAAUUUUGGUGUUUAGAAAGAAAAACAUCAAAAAAAUGAGGAAAAUGGAAGAGGAUGAAGAAGCAUAUAUGGAUGGUAUGGCACCUUUAGAUUUUAGUGGUAGCACGGAAAUAUCUGAUUAUUCUUAUGACUAUAUGGAUCGCAAAUUAUUGGAUACUUCGAAUAUUUUCCAUUGGAGAAACUUAACUUAUACUGUCCAAAUCAAGUCUGAAGAGCGUGUUAUUCUUAAUAAUAUCGAUGGUUGGGUCAAACCUGGUGAAGUCACGGCAUUGAUGGGUGCAUCAGGUGCUGGUAAAACUACAUUAUUGAAUGCCUUAUCGGAAAGAUUGACUACUGGUGUUAUUACUUCAGGAACCAGAAUGGUAAAUGGUGGUGAAUUGGAUAGUUCUUUCCAAAGAUCUAUUGGAUAUGUUCAGCAACAAGAUUUACAUUUGGAGACAUCAACUGUUCGUGAAGCAUUGAGAUUUUCUGCUCGUUUACGUCAACCUGGCUCUGUAUCAAUUACAGAAAAGGAUCAGUAUGUUGAAAAAAUUAUCGAUUUGUUGGAAAUGAGAACAUAUGCUGAUGCCAUUGUUGGUGUUCCUGGUGAAGGAUUGAACGUUGAGCAAAGGAAAAGAUUGACAAUUGCUGUUGAGUUGGUUGCUAGACCAAAAUUGUUGGUGUUUUUAGAUGAGCCUACUUCUGGGUUAGAUUCGCAAACCGCUUGGUCAAUUUGUAAGUUGAUUAGAAAAUUGGCCAACCAUGGACAAGCAAUUUUGUGUACUAUUCAUCAACCAUCUGCCAUUUUGUUGGAAGAAUUUGAUCGUUUGUUAUUGUUGCAAAAGGGUGAAACGGUUUAUUUUGGUGAAUUUGGGGCUAAUUGUCAUACAUUGAUUGAAUACUUUGAAAGAAAUGGUGCCAGCAAAUGUCCACCACAUGCCAAUCCUGCUGAAUGGAUGUUGGGUGUUAUUGGUGCUGCUCCUGGUACACAAGCAAAUCAAGAUUAUUUUGAAACUUGGAGAAACUCACCAGAAUACCGGGCCGUACAAAAUGAAUUACAUCGUUUAGAAGAAUUGCCAGGUUUGGCAAGUGGAGAAAAGGAACCAGAUACCAACCAAGCAUAUGCUGCAUCAUUCUGGAAACAAUAUAUUUUUGUUGUUCAUAGAUUAUUCCAACAAUACUGGCGUACUCCAUCAUAUAUUUAUUCUAAAUUUGCCAUGGCUGUGUUGUGUUCCUUGUUUAAUGGAUUCACAUAUUAUAAAUCACAAAAUUCCAUGCAAGGUUUGAAAAAUCAAAUGCUUUCGAUAUUUUCCAUGUUUGUUGUGUUGACUACAUUAGCACAACAAUAUGUUCCAUUGUUUGUUACUCAAAGAGAUUUAUAUGAAGCAAGAGAAAGACCAUCUAAAACAUUUUCGUGGUUGGCAUUCGUUGCCGCACAGAUUACAGCAGAAAUCCCUUAUCAAGUUUUGGCAGCCACAAUAUCAUUCUUUUCUUGGUAUUAUCCUGUUGGGUUAUAUCGUAAUGCUGUAUAUUCCGAUGCCGUAACCCAUCGUGGUGUAUUAAUGUGGUUAAUCAUGACUUUGAUGUUUAUUUACAGUUCAACUUUAGCACAGUUUUGUAUUUCGUGGAAUCAAUUAGCUGACUAUGCUGCCAAUUGGAUUUCAUUGUUAUUGACAAUUGCCAUGAUAUUUUGUGGUGUCAUUGCUACAAAAGACAGUAUGCCAAGAUUUUGGGUUUUCCUUUAUCGUUGUACUCCAUUGACUUAUUUAACAUCGGCAAUGAUGUCAAUUGGAUUGGGGGAUUCAUAUGUUAAAUGUGCACCAACGGAAAUUUUGACUUUCCCACCACAAAACCCUGGAGUUCAAAAAUGUCAAGAUUAUAUGGGAGCUUAUAUUAGUAUAGCUGGUGGGUAUUUAUUGAAUCCUGAAGAUACUGAUAGCUGUAAGUUUUGUAUCAUGGAUAAGACUAACCAAUUUUUGAAUUUCAUGAAUAUUUCCAUUCAUAAUUUUGGUAGAGAUACUGGUAUUUUCAUUGUGUUUAUUGUCUUUAAUAUGGCUGCUACAGUAUUUUGUUAUUGGUUGUUUAGAGUACCAAAGGGGAACAGAGAAAAGGGAAGUAUUUUCGAUAAAUUGCCAUUUUUCAAUGGUGGUGACACCAAUCAUGAAAAUGUUUAA